ACAUCUAUUAUAAUAUCUAUUGUCUCUGUGUGAGUGAGUCUGUGCAUGUCGUGAAAAGAGAUUGAAGUACUUUUUACACACAUACUUCCCACCCGACAAUUUCAUUAUAAGGAAGAGGCCCGAGUUGGGUUGAAAAUAUGCAAACAUUAAAAUUAAAAUUUCAUCCUGUGCAUUAAAAAAAUUAUGUGCACCACCAAUUACACCGGCGUUGCAAAAGGCGCAAUCAUUUAAACUUUUACAAUUAAAUCAAAAACACCUGUGCAUCAAAAAUCAAUGCAGGUGUUUCAAGACGCCGACUAAAUUCGCUGUACGCUCAAUAUUAAAUUAUAUAAAAUGACUAGCAUAAGUCGACAUAAAACCUUUUCACUUGGAAUGUACAGACGUUAGUGUACAGUAUAAAGUUGUAUAUAUUUAAUUACGGUAUAAUAAAGCAUGCGGGGGGGCGAGGCGGCGCGCCGCGCUCUCAUAUUCCGUAUAUUGAUUGUGUGCGAGGGGGCCGGGGCAAAGGAGGGGGCCACGGCGUGCCCCACUCUGUUUUUUACGACACGGCUUUCUGUGUAACAUAAUAAGUAUUUAAAAUUUUUGUGAAAUGUUUCGGUGUGAUGUGUGAAAAAUUGGGAAGUCGGAAAAGUGAAUACGAGAUGCAGGGGCUGGUGAGCGACAAGACGUUCCACUUGAAGUGGAACAACCACCUGCAGAACCUCAGCCAGCUGUUCACGACCAUCUACUCGUCGUCUGCGCUGGCCGACGUGACGCUCUCCUGCCGCGAUGGCACCCUCAAGGCGCACAAGCUCGUGCUGUCGGCCUGCAGCCCCUACUUCGAGCAGAUAUUCAAGGACAAUCCAUGUCAGCACCCCAUCGUUAUAUUAAAAGGAAUACCAUUCUCCGAGAUAAAUCUUCUUGUGGAAUUCAUGUACAAGGGCUCAGUGGACGUCCAGGAAUUAGACCUGCAGUCUUUAAUGCAUACAGCAUCAGAGCUUGAGAUCAGAGGCCUAGCGUAUGAGGCAAGGGAUAAUGCAGCCCAGCUGUUGAAUGUGAACUUGGAGUACCCUGCGUAUGGUCAGAAUGCAACGGCUGCAGCAGUUGCGGCUGCGACCGCUUCAGCCACUACAGUGUCAUCACCACAGACCUACCCACCCGCUCGGACUGAUGUUGAAAGGUUAAAACAGAUACACAUGUACCAACAGUCAAUGAUGCGAGCCGAAGAGAUCCGUCGGCGACGUCGCGAAGACAUGCCCGGUACGCAGACCGCUGUGAACAACAUCCUGGCGGCGGCUGCCAGGGAGAUGGAAGAGGCCAGACACGCUGCAAGGACCGGGGACCGCGUCGUUGCCAGCAUACAGACCGAGCACGAAGCCGCGUCGGCCGCUACUGCCUCAGAAGUGGUAGCAACAGCAGUGAAGCGCGACAUGCCGGCCGAAGACGACAGGCCGAAAAAGCGCGUGUCCAUCAUGUCACCGGACGACGAGAAACUGCGCACAAAGAAGAAGACCAUGACCGUACGCUUCCAAGACGACAACCCUAAGACUGAGGACGGCCCCAACAAAGUCACUUCACCGGGUGCCACCAACGCAAACAACACACAUGACCACAAAGAAUCAGAAGGGCAGUUGAAGCCGGGCGGCAUCAAAGUGGUGCAGCUGGCCGUGCUACAGAAACCCACCAACAACGAGCAUGACGACUCAGACGAGAAGGGGAAGAACGCCAUGGAUGACGACGAGGAGACAGACUCUAGCGGCUCCAUAUCCGACUCGGCGGCCAACGAGUCGCAAGACGGACGACCACACGUGUGCGACAUUUGUGACGUCAGAUUUGCCCGUUCAUCGCACCUGUCGCGGCAUCGGUUGACACAUACUGGCGAGCGGCCCUUUACAUGCGGCGGCUGCGGGCGAUCCUUCGCUCGCUCCGACAAACUGCGCGUGCACACCAAGAUCUGCGAGAGGGAGGACCCAACAGUGGACAUGCAAAACGACGCAGUAGUCAAACGCGAAAACAACUCUGAAGUGAUGUCCGGCAUGGUGCGGACAACGCACCGGGAGUCCGGCCAUCUUGUCUUCACCCCCAGCGGUGACGUCAUGCUGCCCCCUCGAGCCGGACAUCCCGUCGUCCUGAAUGCGUCCCUGGAACCCGUCAGAAACGAACUCAACCCGGGGGACUUAGUUGACCCCCCGCGCAGGGGUCGCGGUCGACCCAGAAAGACCCCGCUCCCUUUAACCCCAAAAAUCAAGAAAAGGAGAGGACGACCGCCUAAGACUUCGUUAGAUACGCCGAAUACAUCCCUGGAUACAUCUACGGAACCGAAACUGGGGAUAGUGAAGCAAGAGCCGGUCGAACCGGGUACGGUUUGUGGGAGCGAGGCACUGCCACAGGAAGAUCGACGAUCUAGUGAGAAUGUCUUGCCCAAAGCACCAGUAAUACUGAAUGCGACUCUGGCACCUUCCGAUUUGCCCAAACUGAGAUUGCUACCUCUGGAAACCAGCCUGGUGGCUAGUGAACCUACCAAUUCUGAGGCCAGCUCCGAACCGAUCAGAAGAGCCCGUGGUAGACCUCGAAAGUACCCAGUGCCUUUGAUCAAGAAACCCAGGGGACGGCCGCCUAAGAAUUCCCCAGACAUGGAAGGUUGCGUGCUGACGAGCGGAGCGGUGCCGAGCGGAGCGUUGGCGGGACACCAGCUUCUGCUCAAGCGUAAACGCGGACGCCCGCCGAAGAAUUACUUCAUUUCCCAACCCGGUAUGGAAAUGUCGAUACCGAUCCAGUACGGGCUAGCCGCAGAAAUGAGCAAGAUUUACGGCCGACCGAACGAGAACUACAACGCGACGAAUCUACCUUUCGGUGAUUUCUCCUACCUUACCGAGAUGAUGUAUAACCCUCUCGCUUACUCCUACGGCGUCACCAGUGUCGAUCCGGACCGGAACAUAGACGCGGACCAAAGCAUGACUACAGAGACCUCCCACGAUAGGACCAUCGAUGUAUCGGAUUCAUCCUCGGACGAUGAAGACAGUUCACGGGUAGAGCCGGAGGAAAACGUUCCGCCCGUAGGAAUCGAAACUCAGAUCAUGACAGUGGGCGACUGUCAGAUUGUCAAACUACCCCCCAAUAACGAGGAAAAGGACGACAAAAUGGACCAGUCCCCACCAGAAACGAUCAUAGUCCCCGCUUCAACCCCAAGCUCGGUCACAAUUACCCCUAUAACUACCGUGGGUGACUGCACGAUCAGGCCCGUCGAUAACACAUAAUGUGAAGAUCUUAGGGUCUACCCCGUAAUCUUGAUACCCUUCAAGUGGAAAUAGAUUGAUGGAUUGCGGUGAGUGAACGGAUUUUUAUAUUUUAAUCAUCGGUUGAGUCACUAGCACGUCACUAGACAUUCCAGAUUGAAGCACUCUACAUUUUUAAAGAUUUGUAAUCGUGAACCAAAAUAAUGCUACAAAUUGGCUAUUAUGAAGUAUACUAUUGAAUAGCAUUUAUACCAUAAUAUAAUCGGCAUAUUUCCUAUUGGCAAAAUAGAUAUGCUAAGUUGAUACAAAUCAUUAUGUACUCAUUUCUUUUUCCAAAAUCCCAGUGUUAUGUAAUUUUAAAAUAUAAACUUAGUCUAUCGUGAAAUAUAAUUACGUUUCAUCCAUAUAGUACAUAUGAAAUAAUAAAUCAGAUUUACGUCGAAAAUCGUUAAGACAUUUUGUUGCUAACUAACGGGGCAAAAACGUGAGUUAAAGUUUAACUGUGCAUAGUACAUACAUAUCGAAAUAAUAGCCGACGUGAGUGAGUAAAACCGAUUUUGAAACUUAAUACAAACAAAAAUAAAUACAAGAUUCGUUCACUCACGUAGUUUACAUGUCACACGAUGACAAUCAAUCUAUACCAGUUUCCUUAUUCGUCCAUUUUGUUUAUGAUCGCAAACCCUAUAAUUAUAGGCAAAGAACGUCUUCCUAAAACGGCUCUAAUGAAAUGGACGAACGACUUUCCUAUCUACUCUUUCGUUUCAGGGGUAGACGCUAAGGACUAAUAUUAUUGUGGUAGCAUUCGUUUGGAACCGAGGUCGCAUCAGUCAUUGUCGUUUCAAAUACUGAUGUAGUUUAUAUGUGGACGCUAUUUUAAUGUAGUUGCCGCAGUCAUUUCAUAUAAAUUAAGUAAACAGAGAUAAAAUAAUCCUGUGCGAAAAAGCCCUGUUAAGCUCCAGCGUGAGUGUAUAAUUUACAAAACGUACCCUAAAGCUAUGAUAAAUGGGGCUAACAGCGUGAGUUGAAAAUUUACUACAAGGUGAACGUAAAAAUACGGCAGCGUGAGAAUUAGUGUCCAGUUUAUUUAAUUUUUUGAUGGGCCAAAUGACGCGAACUAGGGAUUCGUACUUUUUGUACACACCAUUUUUUUUUUCAGUUACAUUUUGAUUUAUUCCGCUUAUGUAAACUGUAAACCCCUAUUAAAGUAUUCGUAUAGCCUGGCCGAAUUUAAAAGUUGUUCAAAAGGCUGGAUUAUAAUAUUUUGUUUGCUUAAUUUAUACCAUUCUGUAGCGGCAAGUAUGUACCUAUACUUUUGACUGUAAAAUAAACUGCUUGUGCCAUCGUCUUAAGGCAUCUAGUGCCUUUCGAGAAAUUUUUUGAUUGCUAUGAAAAUGAAUUGUGAGCGUUAGAAUUUGAUGUCUUCCUAACUGUUUUAGCGUAAUAAAUGUGGCGCCUUAUCUGAAAAAAAUGAACACACGUCGUGGGUUAAAAAGAGAAUCAUAGUUUUCUGCGAAAUAUAAAUAUCGAAGAGUGCAAUUAAAUGAUCAUU